AGAAAUAAUUAUAAUUAAAUAAUGUAACAAUUUUUAAAAUAAUACAGCUUUAAUUUCAUUUGGGUCUAAUACUUUGUGAAGUAUUAGCCCCCUGUUAAACAGCUACGCUGAACAUCAAAAUAAUUCAGACGAGUUUUGAAAAAUAAUUCUAGUAGCUCAUCAACCGCAACACUGAAAACAUUAAAUAUAUAAAAAACAAAAUGGGUCAAAUUAAUAAAAAUGUUUUCUUCGCACUGCUGGUAAUCCUGGUUCUAGGAACCGAGAAGGCCUCUUCAAAGGAAAAUCUGAUUCUUGGAAAGUUUAAUUUGGACAGCAAGGAUAACUUUAACAACUACUUGAAGGAGCUGGGGGUUGGAUUUAUCCUCAGGAAUCUGGCAGGACUAGCAGAUCCUGAUGUUACAAUUUCAAGGAAUUGUGAGGAUGGAAAAGACGAAGUAUUGUCCAGCCCAAGUUGUACCUGGAAUAUACAAACAGAUACUACCUUCAGAUCUCAUUCAGUCUCUUUCAAGUUGGACUCUAAGGUGAAUGAUAAGACUAUGGAUGGACGAGAAGUAACUUCUGUAUAUAAACUAUUCAACGACAACACAAUAAUUGAGACCCAGACUGGAAAAGAUGGUAAGGUGACAGUGCUGACCCGAACCUUUAGUCCAGCUGAUAUGACCGUUGACCUGGUGGUUAAUAGUGUCAAAGCAAAAUCUGUCUUCAAACGGGUUUAACGUUUUUAGAUUUCAGUGUUAAAUAGUAUGAUAAAUUCAGUAUUAUAAUAAAUUACCCAACUAAAAAUGUUAAUUUAAA